ACGCCAUGUUCAAAAAGCAACCCGCUUCUUCAAUACUGCAUAAUGCAUCAAAUUCCGCGUAUAAUGCAGGUUUUAAAACAUGGUUACCCUCCGAUGGGGUUUUUACCUUUGGAUCCGUUGUUGUUGGAAGCGGUGGAGAUUCCGCACGAUACGAUCAAUUUUGAAAUAAAAAAUCUCCAAAUAAAUGGCUUGUCGAAGGUUAAAAUUGAAUAUCUUUACGCUAAUCCGCUAAAGAGUUCUUUGGAAUUGAGACUACGAUUUCCUCAACUUAGUUUGCAAGGAUUUUAUCGGUUAAAAGGUCCAAUUUAUUACUUUAAUAUCGACUCAUUUGGACCGGCCGCAAUGUCUUUUGGAGAUGUCGUUAUCCACAUGGUUAUUAAUUUUGAAUUGGUCGAAAUCGAGGAUGAAAUCUUCUACAAAAUGCCUUUAAAACCAGACGAUGGGCAAACUAUGAAUGUGGACAUUAAAAAAGCUAACGUGUAUUUCGGAAAUUUGAUUCCGAACGAUCCAAUUUUAAACGAUCGGGUAAACGAGAUGAUCAGGCGAACUUUCUUCGAGGCAUUUCAAAACGUUAAACCGUGGGUAAUCUCGGUUCUUUGGGAAGUUUUUAGGAUCAUAUCCCAUCCUUUCCUACAUAACGUGAAUAUCGAUGAAAUGUUUGACGAAUAA